AUGUGUGAAUACUGGCUGCAUGAAGUAACCUUUCUGGGACCCGUGGUCUCUGCUGAGGGGAUUCGUGUCGAUCCUCAAAAGAUUAAGACUGUAUUGGAUUGGAAGCAGCCUAAAAAUGUGUCUGAGAUUCGUAAUUUUCUGGGACUGGUAAGCUAUUAUCUGCGGUUUGUUGAUGGAUUCUCCCUGAUUGCAGCUCCCUUGACUAAGCUUCUGGGUAAGGGUGUCCUUUUCGUCUGGAUUGAUGCACAGCAAGAGAGCUUUGAGAAGCUCAAGUUUAUUUUGAUUCAAGCUCUUGUUCUGAUACAGCCUGAGACUAGAAAGGAGUUUGUAGUAGAUAGCGAUGCGUCGCAUGUGGGUUUGGGUUGUGUUCUAAUGCAGGACGGUAAGGUUGUGGCAUAUGCGUCUUGUCAGCUCAAGACGCAUGAGGCAAACUAUCCGACCCAUGAUUUGGAACUGGCCGAUGUUGAGAGUGGCAGCACUAUGGACUUUGGGCUGAAUAGUGAUGGGGUACUUUGUUUCCGUGGUCGGAUUUGUAUAUCGAAUGAUACUAAUUUGAGGCAGUUUACUCUGAGAAAAGUACAUAGUAGCCCUUAUGCUAUGCGUCCUAGUGGGAAUAAGAUAUAUCGAGAUCUUCGAGAACUGGAUCGUCUAAAGGCGACUUCUGAUAGACAAAAGUCUUAUGCUAAUCUGAAGAGGCGUGAGAUUGAGUAUUCUGUGGGGAACUUCGUGUUUUUUAAGCGAGUGGGACCGGUCGCUUAUCAGUUGGAGUUAUCUCCAGAGUCAGACCAUAUUUAUGACAUAUUCCACGUCUCGAUGUUGAGGUGUUACCGCUCUGAUCCUACUCAUAUUGUUCCUGUUAAAGAGAUUGAGGUUAGGCCAGAUUUGACCUUCGAGGAAGAGCCGGUUCAGAUUCUGGAUCGUAAUUUAAAGGUUUUUCGAAGGAAGUCUAUUCCAUUAGUGAAGAUAAUCCUCAAACUUAGACGGAUCGGUGCGGCGGAGGACUCGACGAUAACCACAUGA